AAGGCGCCAGGGAGGCAACUCGCCGCCAGGUCUCCCUUCCACAUGCCGGACGUUGUGGCUCGGACUGGCGCUUGUGAGUAGCCCAAGAGCAGCGUGACAGUCCGGCGAGGCAGCGGUAGGAGGCGGGCGCCGGCGAGAGGCGACGCCUGAGUCCGACCAGGUGCGAAGGCUCCCCUGCCCCGCGCGCCCUCCGCCCACAGCAACGCCGCUUCGGACCUGCCUGCGACGCCUGUCGAGCGCUUCCAAUGAGCGCCGCCGCCCUGGACAGCCUGGACUCGCUGUCGUGCUACCGGAGCUGGUCGCUGGAGCCCGCCAAUUUCUACGACUCCAAGGCGGGCGACGGCGGCGAACUGAGUCCGUCGUGUAAGGCGGGCGGCAUAAGCGCAGUGGCUGCCGAGGAGCCGAGCGCCAUGCCUUCGGGCGCAGGCGGCGGCAGCCGGGACCUGGCCGAGCUGAGCGCCGCAGCCACGGCCAUGUACGAGGACGAGAGCGCCAUCGACUUCAGCUCCUACAUCGACUCCAUGGCGGCCGUGCCCAACUUGGAGCUUUGCAACGACGAGCUCUUCGCAGACCUCUUCAACAACAACCACAAGGGCGGCGAGCGCGGCGGCGCCGCCGCCUACGGGGACUACCUGCCCGCGCCCCACCCGCCGCCUCAGGCCGCGACGGGGGGCAGCGCCUUGGCCAGCCUGCUGCACGCUAGCGUCCCUCCCGGGCCGCUGCGGGGCGCCGUCAAGCAGGAGCCCGACUGGGGGGACGAGGCGUCGGGCUCCGGGUCGGCCUCGCUGCUGCCCUCGCAGAUCGCCGCCUGCGCCCAGACCAUCGUCAACCUGAGCGGGCAGCCCACGCCGCCCACCUCCCCGGAGCCGCCGGGCAGCGCCUCGCCGUCCAGCUACAGCAGCCGCUCCUCCGCCUCCUCGUCGUCGGGCGGCAAGGAGCGGGCGGCCAAGAAGUGCGUGGACAGGUUCAGUCCGGAGUACCGGCAGCGGCGGGAGCGCAACAACAUCGCCGUGCGCAAGAGCCGCGACAAAGCCAAGCGCCGCAACCAGGAGAUGCAGCAGAAGCUGGUGGAGCUAUCCGCCGAGAACGAGCGCCUGCACAAGAAGAUCGAGCAGCUGAGCCGGGACUUAAGCAGCCUCCGACACUUCUUCAAGCAGCUGCCCAACGCCUCCUUCCUGCAGCCCCCCUCGGCCACAGACUGCCGGUAACUGGCUGCAAGGGGGCGCUUCGGCCUGGGGCCCCACAGACUUUGAACUUCUUCUUCCAGAAUACCUCAGAGAGCCACGCAGAGCAGCGGGAGCUGCAGGGGACAGGAAUGCCAGUGUGCGCGCCUCGGUGUGGAGAGGGCGAGGAGCCCUGCUGGGCGCCCAGAUUGUGCCCUCGGUGUGCGGAGGCGGUGGCUCCUGACAGCCCUGCCUGCUGCCUUCCUAAGGACAGAGAAAGGGAACCGGGAGGUCAGAAACACACGGAAUAAGCUGGCUUUCACCUUUCUUUUUGAAUGAACUAAGCCUGGGUCUUUAAACCACAAAACUUGCCAAAAAUAGUGAAAAAAGAAAAGCUAAAUGUUGCCUUUUUCUUCCUAAAUUAUUUUUGUAAUGAUAGGGGUGGGGUUAUUUUUUCCUUAACUCGUACUGAUGCAGCUAUGGUACUUUGUAAGAAAUGAUUUUCAAACACUUUUUAUUGUAAACAAGAGGAAAAAAAUAAGACUGAGCAUGCUCAAAACUUUUAUAUCAGUUUUUACAUCAUUUCUAGAAAUAAAAACACUUCAAAAUUUA